GUGUGUGUGUGUGUGUGUGUGUGUGCGCGCGCGCAGACAGGACAGGACAGCGCGGCAGGGAUGGAGCCACUUCGGACACGCGCACAUCGCCGCGUUAGACAAGAGCGUCCCGAGACGUGCCCUGCUCUGCUGCGUCCGCUUCACACUAACUAAUCGAGCGACCAGUCGACUAACCGAAUCCUCGAAUAACUGACUGGGGUGAAGACCGACAUCUCCACGCUCCCGAGUGGCAAUGAAAGUCCACUUGUCCUCUCCUCGUGAAGUCGCCUGGCGGAGGACUCCGGCUCUGGAAGUGCAGUGACCAUCGAGCUGUCCGGUCCGGUUCAGUCACAUGCGACAUAUUUUGGGGAAAUGGCCCGAGCAAAAGGCAGACUUGUGAUUAAGAUGUGAAGUUUCCGGACUCAUCUUGUUCAUCAUCCUCAUCAUCAUCAUCGUCGUCGUCAUCAUCAUCAUCAUCAUCAUCAUCAUCGCGGCGGCUCCGGACGCUCCUUCGUUCUCACCGCGUGGAUGUGGCUCAGGAGGCUGCGGCGGCAACACGCGCACCGCUGCGCCUCGAUGUGCGAUGAAAGCGCGCGCGUGUGUGAGCGCGUGAGAGUGUGUGCGAGCGCGUGCGUUACUGCAGAUCUCCCGGAGACGCGCGGAUCGGCACGGCCCGUGGAAAUGAGCUAAAGGAGACACGUGCGGUGGAUGUACCAGAGGGUAAAGCGCGAGGGUAAAAAGAGAAGAGGAGGAGAAGAAGAAGAAGAAGACGCGAGGGAGAAGGAUGAAGGAGAAGUCCAAGAACGCAGCGCGCACGAGGCGGGAGAAGGAGAACAGCGAGUUCUACGAGCUGGCCAAGCUACUGCCCCUGCCCUCGGCCAUCACCUCGCAGCUGGACAAGGCCUCCAUCAUCCGACUGACCACCAGCUACCUCAGGAUGAGGGUCGUCUUCCCUCAAGGUCUCGGGGAAUCCUGGGGUCAUGUGAGUCGAAGCAGCGCUCUGGAAAACGUGGGUCGCGAGCUGGGAUCACACCUGCUCCAGACGCUAGACGGGUUCAUCUUCGUCGUGGCCCCCGACGGAAAGAUUAUGUACAUCUCGGAGACCGCCUCCGUGCACCUGGGCCUGUCGCAGGUAGAGCUGACCGGAAACAGUAUCUACGAGUACAUCCACCCUGCGGACCACGACGAGAUGACGGCGGUCCUGACGGCCCACCAGCCGUGUCACUCGCACCUCGUGCAGGAGUAUGAGAUGGAGCGCUCCUUCUUCCUGAGGAUGAAGUGCGUGUUGGCCAAGAGAAAUGCCGGACUCACCUGCGGAGGAUACAAGGUGAUCCACUGCAGCGGCUACCUCAAGAUCCGCCAGUACAGCCUCGACAUGUCACCCUUCGAUGGCUGCUACCAGAACGUGGGCCUCGUGGCCGUGGGUCACUCCCUGCCUCCCAGCGCCGUCACGGAGAUCAAGCUGCACAGCAACAUGUUCAUGUUCCGAGCCAGCCUGGACAUGAAGCUCAUCUUCCUGGACUCGAGGGUCGCGGAUCUGACGGGCUACGAACCCCAGGACUUGAUCGAGAAGACCCUGUACCACCACGUCCACAGCUGCGACACCUUCCACUUGCGCUGCGCCCACCACUUGCUGCUGGUGAAGGGUCAGGUGACCACCAAGUACUACCGCUUCCUGGCCAAGCAGGGUGGCUGGGUCUGGGUGCAGAGUUACGCCACGAUAGUCCACAACAGCCGCUCGUCCCGGCCGCACUGCAUCGUCAGCGUCAACUACGUCCUCACGGACACGGAGUACAAAGGGCUCCAGCUGUCCCUGGACCAGGCGACGUCCAGCAAGCCUUCCUUUUACGCCGGCGCGGUCUCGGCCGUGGCGGACAGCCGCAAGGCGAGCAAGAGCCGCGCGGCGCGCGCCAAGGCCAAGUCUCGGCUCUCCCCCUAUCCGCAGUAUCCGGGCUUCCAUACGGAGCGCUCCGAGUCGGACCAGGACAGCCCCUGGGGCGGCAGCCCGCUGACGGACUCCGCCUCCCCCCAGCUGCUGGAGCACGGGGAGGGCCCCGAGCUGUCCUGCGCUUACCGGCAGCCCCCCGAGCCGGCAGCGCUCUGCUACAGCCUGGCGCUGCACGAGGACCGGCACGGCCACGGCCACGGUCAGGUCUGCGACCGCGCCCGCUGCGAAGCCGGACGCUACUUCCUGGGCGCGCCUCAGCCUGGGCGGGACGGCUGGUGGGGUGCAGCGCGCUCGGUGCUCCCCGUCCCCAAGUCGUCCCCGGAAAACAGCGAGGGUUACGACAGCAGCGUGCCCCACGUCGCAUCCGUCCACAGCCUUCACGGUGAGCGUAGGAGGCCCGGAGGCCGUUGCCAUGACAACGCGCGGGGUCACUGGGAUGAGGACAGCGUGGUCAGCUCGCCAGACGGGGGCUCGGCCAGCGACUCGGGAGAUCGUUACCGUGGCGACCCUUUCCGCGUCAGCCCGCACGAGCCCAGCAAGAUGGAGACGCUGAUCCGGGCGACGCAGCAGAUGAUCAAGGAGGAGGAGAGCCGGCGGCAGCUGCGCAAGGGUGUCGCCAACGGCCUGGCUAAGGGGCACGCGCCUGCCUACCCGGCCCAUUUCCCGCAGGGGGCGCUCGUGCGUCUGCAGCACCGCGACGCGAGGGCCGCCAGCCCGGCCGACGUCCGCGAGCCCGGGGUCAGCCCCACGCCGCUGUCCCGCAUGGGGAGCCCUGCCGCCGACCGGCUCUCCAAGCCACGGGACUACCUGGCGGCGGAGCUGUCGCCCACCUGCUACGGCGCGCCUCACCCCCGCCAGUGCCUGGACAGGCACGCGUCCUACUCUCUGACGGGCUACGCGCUGGACCACCUGUACGACCCCGAGGGGCUCAGGGGAUACUCGCUGGGCUGCGCCGCCGGCGCCCACUACGAUGUCACGUCCCACUUGCGCGUGCCGCCCGACCCCCCGCAGGGCCACAAGGGCACAUCAGUCAUCAUCACCAACGGAAGCUGACGGCAGCCGGGAUAGCCGAGCCGUCCUCCGCCGCGAAGACACACGCCGCGUUCGAUUUUGGUUUCCAAGUGCGUUAGCCUUUCUCCCGCCUCUUGUCGGGCUUUUUGGUUCUGCCCUCGGACGAUGGGGGCGUCGCCGCAGAUGCUCUCUGCCGCCUGGAGAAGGGACGCCGAACGCACUUGCGCGCCGUUCCCCGUGUCUCCUGCUGGCUCUCACCCGCCGCCUCCGUCGCUUCUGGGGAAAGAUUAACCGAAGUCGGCGACCUCGUCGCGGGUCCAUCGCCCGGUCACGGUUCCGUUAGCAUUUUAUGCCGGCGAAUCGUUCGCACUGAGAAAACGCAGGCAGGGUGCGUGCUGCUGCAGCCUGCUGC